ACCCCAGAGCGGGAUCUUCUCUGCAAAUGUAACAUCAAUGACAUCAAUUGCAUACCUAUCGGUGCUAGAAGAUAUCAAUGUUCAAAAGAGAACGACAACGACUGUAACGGUGUAUUGUAUAUGUACACGCAAAAUUCCAAAAUGUUAGUGCAUACGAGCUUGGCAAGCCGGCAAGCAUGGCUAGUUAUGCUCCCAGAAUGAUUAUUUUCGAACAUUUCGCUUGGCACUUUGCAUGAUGUUUCUGGGUCAUGCGAUAUGUGAUAUUUGUGCUUUUGGUCGCCAGUGCUGCGUCUUUGCACGAGCAGUCUAGGAGUGUGGCCGUGCAUUCCGAAAAUUUUGAAUUGAAUUUUCCGUCUAAAAAUCAGAUGUUUAGUGACCACAAUAUAACGAAGACGACUGACGACAAUGUAAUGAUACGAACAAAACGGAGCAAUCGGAAAAUAUCCCUCCGUGAAGCAAUGAAACUGGAGCGUAGGAAGGCAAAGCAACAUAAAAUGAAACGUUAUCUGCGUAAGGAAUUGCGAAAGGCCGAAAGAAAUGCGUUAAUACAGCAGAACGGCAUGCUUGAUGCGAAACGGCAAUCAAGAGAAGACGAUGUGAUGACUUCCCAUGAGGCUACUCAAGAAAGACAAAAUGAACUGUUAGCAACAGUUGAUGAUCUACCCAAGCGAGCUACAACAGUUGAGAUAUCUGUCAAAGAUCCCGGGAUGUGCAAGGUGGAUGGCGUAACAAUGUGCAAGCAUGGAGGGGAAUGCAUGUCCAGGGACGAGGGCGGCGCGCCGGUGUUCUUCUGCGCCUGCCAGCCGGCCUGGGGCGGCGACUUCUGCCACGAGCGGCGCGACCCGUGCUCGGCCGGCCUGCUCGACUGCGGCUCCAUGUUCCGCUGCCGGCGUGACGAGCGGAACCGGCUGGCCGGCUUUACGUGCGACUGCCACCGGCGGCUCGGCUGGGCGCGGCGGUCGGAGUCUGAUCCGCGCUGUAUCCGAAUCACCAACUGCUCGGAGGGUAACCCGUGUCAGAACGGAGGCACCUGUCAUCAGGAGGAGGGCGGCUUCGUGUGCGUCUGCAGCGAGCGCAGCUCUGGAGACCUGUGCGAGCACCCGUUGCCGACGGCAGCCGAGGUGGCCGGCCCGGCCGUCUCCCGGAUCGAGGCCCUGCUGCAGCGGUCGGGACAGCCGGCCGACACGGUCCCACAGCGGCGAGACGUUGACGAUACACCGCCGCCCGGGGCCUCCCGGUCUGCCGGCUACCACAGCAUGGUCUCCGCCAACUACGCCGUCCCUUCACCCAGGGAGGACACUGGAGCCGACCUGUGGGCCGACGACAGCGGUGCGGCGCCCACCGAGGACCUCUCGCCUCCCGACCCAGGCGAUUACGGCUCAGUGAUUGAUAUGAACCGCGUAUCGGCCAGAUACGGAGGGAUUGUAUCAGCCAAGUACGGCGUGCCCCCAGCGGAGAGUGAUUACAACUCAUUCCUGAGGAGGAGGGCUGCGGAUGUGGCCUCCGCCGGCUGGCCGGUGUACGGAUAUUAUAACUCCCCAUGGGCCAGUCAGAGUGGAGCCGCCGCGGCCGGGCACUACCGUAACCCGUGGGAGGGGUACGGUGCCACCGCCAGCCGCCGGCGGCGCUCUCAUGGCCGCAGAGAUCGGCGGACGUCGGCACGCCGGCGGCAGCACGAGCGGUUUCUGGAGAGGCUGCUGCGAGACGUGGAGCCCCAGAUCCGCCGGACGGCGCGAGACAGUGUCAUCGAGCUGCCGCGAAGGUGACGCCGUCAUGCGGAGCGCCUCAUCGGAUUGCUGGUUCAGCUUCAAUAUCAGCUUGGAAUACCUGUAAAAGACUGCUCUGCCAUACCUAUAAAAGACUGCUCUAAAACGUUUACCAGUCUAUUGGCUAUCACAAUGACUGAAGAAAAGAAGAAACCUCAGUCAUAUGCUGGUAUACCAGAGGCUCAGUUCCUGGAGGAUGUUGACAGCUUUAUGAAGGAACAGGGCCCCGAAGUCACAGUGGAGAUGAUCCUCAAGAGACUUGAGGAGCAGCAUCAGAAAUACAAGUUUAUGGAACUGAACCUUAUGUCGAGGCGGAAGCGGCUGAAGUCACAAAUCCCUGACAUUGAGGGCUCACUGAAGAUUGUCAAACAAAUGCAGGAGCAGAAGGGCAAGGAGGGUGUCAUUUCGUCUCACUUCCUGCUGUCGGACCAGGUGUACGCCAAGGCCGAGUCGACGCCGUCGGAGACCGUCUGCCUCUGGCUGGGCGCCAACGUGAUGCUCGAGUACUCGCUCGACGACGCCAACAAGCUGCUCUCCGACAACCUCAGCAACGCCUCCAAGAACCUGGGCCAGGUGGAGCACGACCUGGACUUCCUGCGUGACCAGUUCACCACCGUCGAGGUGAACAUGGCGCGCGUCUAUAACUGGGACGUGAAGAAGCGACAGGCGGCCAAGGCGGCCGGCGCGACGCUAUGAUGAGGGUGGGGUGCGAUGUUGAACUGCGCGAUCCGGUGAUUCACUGUUGUUCAUUUGCUUUGCGUUCACUCAACCUCUGGCGACAUUUGCCUUGUGCAGUGAUAUGUGCAAGUCUUUGACUAGUUUAUUAACACAGAUGUCUGCCAUUGCCUUACAGAUAGGUAUUUGCUUUUCUCGGCGGUUUCGAAUAUGUGCAACCUAUGUGUUAAAAUAAAUAAAUGCUGCUAAUGAUUAUAUUAAA